CAGUGUAUCUCCUCUCAUCGCCCCGCAUCGUUCUUCGCCUCUCCGCGGCCACCAUCAUGCCAGCCUCCCUCGCCACCGCGGCUGCCGCCUCCCACCACAUGGAGCGAAGCCUGAGAACUCUUGGCUUUGAUCUCACCAACAUGCUGAAAACUUUGGACCUGCAGACUGUGGGCUUGUUGGGUCUUCUGAUUCUGGCUGGCAUCCUCCUCUUUGACCUGUUCGCCAAAGGGUCAAACUACGGUCACGCCUCCUAUCCCGGGAGUCUCGGCAGCGGCACUUACGCAUCCUACGGCCGGAAAGGUCUGUUGGAUUCCUCGGCCUCAGGAACUUCCCAUCUAGAGCCUUCUGCUCGCACCAGCCGGAGCUUGGAGUCCGUGACGCAGAUCCUCGAGUCCCUGGCAGAAGCCGCAAUGAAGUAUCGAGGACGUGACGCCGAUGAGGAGCAGAUUGAGCCUAAGGAGCAGCAUCUCAAUUAGUUUUAGACUAGCCAUCCAGCACCACCAUUUGUGGCAGACGAGAUAAAAUGCAUCAGAAAAAAAAAAAAAAAGAGUUAUUGUGUUCUGACGAUGAAUAAGAACCAAAAAAUUAUAAUUAAAAAAGUUUGUAGCUGAUACAGAGUUGAUUUCAGCUGUUGUCAGAAGAAUAUUGAUAUCAUGUUUUAAAGAGGGAUUUGAGACUAUAACAGGUUUUUAAGUCCUAACUAGGCUAUUUAUUUUAAUUUUAUUAAUGUACACUAACUAUAGUAUUAGAUAAAAAAAAAAACUAACAAAAGAAACGAAAGAUAACUGGAAUAACUAGCACAUUUUUCUGCUCAGUUUAUAUAUUAUUACGUAUUUGAUGUAAUUACAUUGUUUCACCUUAUAAAAUGUAUCUUAAAAUAUUGUUAGUAUUUUUGAUGAUAUAUUUACAUCAAAAUAUGCAAGGUAAACAUUAAAUCACUAACAUCAAAGCAUUCAGCGAAUCAGCAGGUUCAGGUGUUGGAAAAUGGCGGUGUACAGGCAACGGGAGAGUGACUAUUGGUUUUCUGUUGUUUUUUACUAACUCUUUCUACAUGUGCCAAACCCAGAAGCGUCAUGUGAGCAUACCAAUUGACAGUAUUGAUGUGGGCUGGAGCAGAUCACGCUAAUUAGGUCAGUGAAGCCCAGCAAGUCAGAUCAGCGAUUCAGCAGUGCGGGAUGACAUCCCCGUCCCCCCCGCUAGUGCUGGUGCUGCUGGUGCUGGCCGUGGGCGGACCCUCACCCUCCCCCGCCCACGCUCUGCCAGAUUCGCACGCCCAUGCAGAUGACACGGCCUCGUACUCCUUCGCCUACGCCGUCGACGCUCCGGAGUACAAGAACUUCCAAGACCGGGAGGAGGCGCGUCUAGGGCAAGAGACGCGCGGCCGCUUCCGUGUGGCCCUCCCAGACAACAGGCUGCAGACGGUGACCUACCGGGCGGGCAGCAAUGGCUACACCGCCAGCAUCUCCUACGACCAACACCCGAACUUUGAGUCUCUGAGGCAGUCCGUGGGGCCGAUCCGCGCCGGCCCGGAGAUUGGCCAGUCUGUGCUGGACGGCAUCAGGCGCGGCGAGAACUGGAAGCACCACAAGGACGUGAAGAAGGAAGAGCAGCCACAGCUCGCCUCCUCUCUCUCCUCUCACGGGUCAACGUCCAACCUCGUCAAUCCAACGCCUACACGGACACGCCUCACCCCGACACGUACCCACCCCACGCCUUCACGGACACGGACACGAGUAGCACCUACACGUACUCGCGGCACGCCCACACGCACGCAGACCGCGGCCGUGGAUUCUACCCGCCGUCAACGCCCCAGGGGAAGGCGUCCCAGCACUGCACGACCCACGCCUAGGGUCACAGCAGCCUCGUCACCUCCAGCAGUCACAGGAACACGCCGCGCUUCCCCACGUCCGUCCUCCAGCCCGUCCUCCCGUCCGUCGCAAGCCCCGUCGCCAGCCCCGUCCCCAACCCCAAGCAGGCUGCCAGAGUCCUUUGAGGUGAAUUCCGAGGACUCCGCCAUCCUGAACCGCCUGAUCAACGUGAUCCAGGAGAAGCUCGCGGCGGAUAAGGGCGAAGAGGACACCGCGGGGCCGCCUCACGCCAAGAAGUACGCCAUCACGGACAGGGAGAGUGUGCGGAAGAGGCUGGAGGCAAUUGUGCAUAAGUAUUAGGGUGUGUGUGAAAUAGCGACGCCUUCCCUUCCCUUCCCUGCUCUCCCCGCCCGCCACGCCCUCACUUGAUCCUCACAGACUCACUCUUCUUUUUCUUCAGUGUUGCUGGUUUUACAGUAUUUUAUAACUACAGAUUUUUGCAAUAUUUAUUAACCAUAUUUCCAGUGAAGUUUUACAAUACUAACUUAAUUUUAUCGUCAGUUACAAAUACUACAAUAUUUAUUAACUUUAAACACUCACAGGAAUAAGUGUUAAAAUAUACAACUCUUCACCCUUAUACUUACAAACGUUACAAUAUUUAAUAACACUUCGCCUCUGUUUGUUAUGUCCUAAUUUAUAACUGGCUGGACCUGCGGCUGGGUUCUAUGUCUGGUAAGGGCUCACUGACACACGGCGUUAUGUGACUCCGUUGUGGCGCCUUAAACCAAUCAGUCAACCACUCGUCUCUGUCACGUGAGGAUAAACAGAACUGGCGAGGGUCUGAAUGGAGUGUGAACAGGUGAACAGGUGAACAGGUGAACUCGUGUCAUGGUUCCUUCACCUGUUACUCCUGCUUGGGACUGACGGGCGGACUUUCCUCUUCACCACGCGGCCAAGACUCCCACGCCCUAUUGCAGUAGUGGCGAACAGGCGUUAGGCAAGGGCUGGAUGGGUAAUUCAGCCCCUCCAUCGUGUGCACGCCAGAAACUCCCAACAAACUAUAAUGUAUAAUGUAAACCUUCCCUUCAGUAUCUAUAGACAGCUCCCUCCGACACUCCUCAGCUCCCUUCAGUGUCCUUUCUCCUUCUUGCAUCAUCCUGUGACCGAAGCGUUACGGCGUAUGAAAGUUAAUGACUCGACUUUUUCCUUGUAUAAAGUUUGCCUUGACUUGACUUCAUAUGUGUGUAUGUGUGCGUGUGUGUGUGUUGCUAAAUAUAUUGAGUUUCCAUGUACGUAAGCCUCGCCAGCAUACCGAUCUACCUGUGUGCGUGUGUGUGUGUGUGUCACCUUUGAUGUAUCGUGUAAAGUGUUGGUAUAAAUACACCUGCCUAGGCCUUAUGGUCAUGUGUGUAAACAGACAGGUGUGCGGAUAGGCAGGUUUGUUGGCGAGGAGGGUGUCUGUGUUAGCGGGUAUAGAAGGCAGGUGUGUGGAUGGGCAGCUACACAGAUAGACAGGUGUGUAAAACAAAUGUCUGGGUGGGUAGAUGCAUAGUUAGACAGAUGUGUGAUGGACGAAACAGGUGUGUGUGUGUGUGUGUGUGUGUGUGUGUGUGUAGACAGGUAUACAGGUAAGCAGGUGUGUGGCCCAGACAGGUGGACGGACUCUUGUGACUCACCUGAAGCACGACCCUGAAUUCGACGUGCACGCGGCAGCCGGAUCAUAAACUGGAUUUGAAACCGGAAAUGUAUCAGAGGCUGGAGGCGGCCAGGGAGAGAGGGAGGGUCGGGGUCAGGGUCACGGUUAGUCCUGCUCUGACCUCAACACACGCUACACGCACCUGCCUCAACUCCUGCCCCAUAUAGUGGUGUGUGUGUGCGUGUGUGGUGAGAUCCUUCUAGUUAGUAUCGAUGUCAGUAUCCUUAUUUUAUCUUUUCAUCCGUUAUGAUCUUGUUGCUGCGUAUUUAAUGUCAGUCUGUUAGUCGGUCAGUCGAUCAGUCAGUCCGCUAAGAUCUAGCAGCAAUGUUAGUUACGUUUCGUUUUGUCUUUUACCGAGAAAGUAGAAAGACUGACGCAGGAUGAGGUGUUCCGUAUGUCAUGAAUUAAUAUUACCUGAGCGAAACUAAAUUAUUCGUAUUUCAAAAGGUAACCGCAAGAUGCCACGAGACAAUUGAUAUCUAACCUGCGCUUGACACGAAUAAAGAACUAAGAAUAAAAUGCUCGUAAGUAACGUGUAAUAGUUAUAUUUGAAUGAAUGUCAGAACGAUUGAAUUAAUUAACGUGUGGCAGGUGCAAUCAGCGAGUUUCAGGUGUGAUUAAUGUGCGACAGGUGUAACGGAAUGAUGAGGUUCACGGUGAUAAUAAGAUGUAAUUAACGUGCGACAGGUGUGUGUGUGUGUGUGUGCGUGUGUGUGUGUGUGUGUGUGUGUGAGCCGGGAUGGAGUGUUGCAGGGCGAUAUACUUUGUCCUGGCUUGGAAUUGUGAGAGAGAGAGAGAGAGAGAGAGAGAGAGAGAGAGAGAGCCAAAGCAGGUAGGGCCAAUGGUCACAGCCUGUCAUCUGUCACAACAAUCCAAUGCUGUACCGUCAACUUUCAAUCAUCGCCUCCCGUGGUUGGGGUUGAUGCUCUGUUAUAUACGUACGUUCUUCCGUAGCUAAGACGGUGAUAUCUACUUACUUCUUAUGAUCUUCCUGUACUUUGGAACUGUCUGCAUUGAACGGUCUUCUGCAGCUAUUGUAACUCAGUACUCUUUGCUGUAAAUCUUCGUGUACUGUGAACUGCCUCUGUUUUGAAGUCUUCCAUAAUUUAAAUGACCUCAUAUUCUCGUCACCUAAUUUCACAUUCCCGUGCUUUGAAACUCUGCGUUUUGAACAGUCGUAAUAUUGUGAGUUAUUGUGAUGGUCUUGUGGUAUAUUGCAAACGCUAAACACCUCUUGAAGAUACAGCGAAAGUUACUGAAACAAAAAAAGUAUCUUAGCUAAAAUACUUUGGAAUUGUUUAUAUUUGAAACAAUCGUAACAUUGAGUAACACAACAACCGUCUGUUACUAAUCACUGCCUGAGGACCAACGAUGAGUAUUAAACAUUUCUUAGCAGAAGUCACGAUAAACUACCAUAAUUACCUUAAACAAUACCUGAACUUUGAAACCGUCUGUACUUCAAACAAUCGCGUCAUUGCAGUGGUCUUCGUUAUUGCGUUCUCUGGCUGAGUAACGCAAGCACUAAAUGCUCAUAAGACAGUUGACUGAUAGUUGAGUUACCACAGAGAUCUAUCAAGCGUUGCGUCGCCAGCUUUUGUGUAGCAGUGUAGCCAUCGAGAAGGAAAGGGAGGACGGAGGGAGACAACAAGUGAGGGGAGAGAGGACUGGAGGAAGAGUGAACGGCAAGAGAGGAACAGGAGGGAGAUUCUUGAAGCUAAGACAGAAAACUUGAUAAAAAACAGCCAGGAGGAGAGGAGAGAAUAAGAAAGAAUAGGAAAGGAAAGGAGACACUGGAAAUAUGGCUUGUUUUCCUCCUCCUCCUCUUCCUCCUCCUCCUCCUCACAGCCAUUAUUUGUUUCUGUUUUCUUAAAGCUUUCUAUAACUUGUUACCUCUUUCUCUUUUCUUUCCUUUCCUUCCUACUUGUUUACUGUUUACCUUCUCUUCUUCUUCUUCUUCUUCUUCUUCUUCUUCUUCUUCUUUUUCCUCCUCCUCCUCCUCCUCCUCCUCCUCCUCCUCCUCCUCCUCCUCCUCCUCCUCCUCCCCCCCCUCCUCCUCCUCCUCCUCCUCCUCCUCCUCCUCCUCCUCCUCCUCGAUCCCUAGAAGAAUUCACAGACAUCAAGACACAAAUCACUGGCCUUGAUUUAUUUUCCUACAAAACAAACAAACAAACAAAACUCAAAAUAAUGUGUCGCGAAAUUUGAGAUUAUUAUGUAUUUUCGAAAAUUCUGAAGUUUUUUUUUCUGUCUGUAUUUGUAUUCAGAUUUUUUUUUCUUUUUCUAUUUUCCUCUGAUAUUUUUUUCUUUUUCAUGUGUGUGUAUUUUCUAGCGAUAGGGUUUUUAAUUUCUUGUACUAUGUAUUUAUGCACUGAGGAAAAUAAUAAAGAUAUAUUUUGUA